UCCGCGAGGGGGCGCAGCGAUCGCUCAACAACGUCCGCGUUUCGCACACUCAACGUACACGCCUCCUCAGGAGCGGAUUCGCGCGCGUCCAGAUAUGCCCCGCCGGUGCUCCAGCGUAUCUUCCGACGCGGGAUGUUGUGAAUACGAUUAAUCGGAAAACUCCGAAUGUUCAGCGGGAAAUCGGCAUGGAUGAAGUAAGAUUUGCCGCCCACUGUCUGCUCGAAAUGUCUCACAGCAAGGACCACCUGAACCGGCCCUUGGAUCUGUCCGUGUCCGAGCACCGAGAAGUGGUACCUUCAGCUGUGAUCGUGGAGACCAUGCCCAACAUUUUCCCGGUGCCCCAUGGCAAAGAAACGAACGGUGCGGACAACGACAGUUCUUCCUACAUGGUGGCCCGCAUACUCACGGAUCUGACACGCAUAAAGCAGGAACCGGUGCCGGAGGUUCCCUCAGAUAACGAGGACAACCUCACCAUAGACGAAUCGGAUGACACCUCGGAAGAGGGCGAGAUUUGCAAGACCGUCGAAGACGUUGAGAGUGAUGGUGUUGUUCAAGUGACGUCUUCGGAGAGGGGGGAGAAGGCAGCUACAGUCGCUAAGAAAACAGGAGCUAAUCGAAGGGCUGACGCGACCAACAGGCAGGUGUCCCAGGUCAGGAAGACGCACAAGUGCGGCUACGAAGGCUGCCACAAGGUUUAUGGUAAAAGUUCGCACCUGAAGGCUCACCUAAGGACGCACACAGGAGAAAGACCCUUCCCAUGCAGUUGGGAUGGAUGUGGUAAACGUUUUGCCAGAUCAGACGAAUUAGCAAGGCACACAAGAACGCACACGGGUGAAAAGAACUUCGCGUGUCCGGUGUGCAGUAAAAAAUUCAUGAGGAGUGACCAUCUGAGCAAGCACGCAAGGAGACAUCCAAACUUCGACCCUUCUGUCCUCAGGCAACGGAGAGCCCCCAACAGGGCCUUCUCCAUCAAUUCGAGUGAUGGCACCCCCUCAGACGUCCUUUCAGACUCAGCUCCAAGCCCGUGAAAGGCCAGAAACAACUAGACUGUACUUGGACGUUCUCUUUCAUUCCGUUGUUUCAUUAAUUUUACUUUUGAAUCUUAUUUAGUGAUUUUUACGGGUACCACAAAGAAGUGAUGUUGAUUUCUCUUCAGAAAACUUCAGAUACUUACUGUUUCUGUCUUACCUAGAGAG